AUGCCAUUGGAACUCUUAUUCAAAGCCCUGCUGCUAUGGCUUCUGCCAGCGACCGUUUUGGCCCAGAUUUUCGAGUUCACAGCGCCCAGCAAGGACGCUACAGUCGACUUGUCGCAGACGGUCGCGAUCGAAUGGAACGCCGGUCAGGACGCGUCGUAUAACUUUAUGAACCUAUCUUGGCACGGCCAGACAGCAGACGGUACACAAUUUGGCUACGACUUGGCCGAGAAUCUCACCACGGCUGACGGCCGUUACGUCUGGGAUCCCAGCAACACGACGCAGGCUCUCAACGCUACUGGGCUUGUACUCAAUGCCGACGACAGUGAUUUCUACUUCGAGGCCCGGUUAUACGCGCGCUCUCCAAGCCAAAUCGUCACCACUGAUGGUGACAAGUUCAAGGUCACUGGCUAUACGAAUAUGAAGAGCCCUGCCACAAGAUCGCAGCCCAUGCUCGGCUGGGCGGUGGUGAUGGGACUGCUGUGUUUGGGCUUGUGA